AUGCCACUUGCAACGGAAAAGUUUGUAUUCGAAGUCAAUUCAAAUGAUUUGGCAAAUCGGAAAAUUACGAGUGCACCGAUCAUUAUUGGUGGUUUUCCAUGGUAUGAUCACAUGAUUUUGUAUUUGAAAUAAAACAAUGAAGGUUUUCAGGAAAUUAGCAGCUUGGAAAAAAACCGGAUCUUCACAAUAUUUGGCAUUAGAGUUGUUUUGCAAUCCAGACAGUUUGAAUAAUAUCUGGAGUUGCACAGCUGAUGUUAAAUUCACAAUUGGUGUUAUUGUUGGUGAUCACCAAAUAGAACCAGAUGAGAAAGUUUUCGAAAAUCAAAAAUUUGAAAGCACAAAAAAAAGCAUUGUCUAUGAUCAAGUAAUGCUUUGGGAAAAUUAUAUAAAUCCGGAAAAUGGUUUCGUUUCCACUAAUAACUCAUCAAUUUUCAAUGCAUUCAUCACAAUUCGCAGUGAUUUUGGAAUCACAAAAGAUGCAUUUUAUGAAAUGAAAAAAAGAUGGGAAGAAACUGCAGAUGGUGUUGUUGUUAUUGAUGACAAACGAAUUAAAGUUAACAAAGGGGUAAUUCAAUGUGUGCAGUAAGAUUCCAUAUGAAAAAUCACUUUUUUUCAGUUUUUGUCAUUUAAUUCAACAUAUUUUCAUACACUUUUCAAUGGAGGUUUUGCGGAACAAUUGUCAGAUGAAAUUCAUUUGAAUGAUGUGGAAUAUAACGCAUUUGUUGAAAUGCUUGAUGUUUUGAUCGAUGCAAGAAGACAGAAAAAACCAAUCACAGGUUAGAAUUUUUUCGAAAUGAAUAUUUUGACAUUUCUCAGAGAUUCGCUAGCCAGCUCGCCACCAGAUCGCUGCGGCCACCUGGAAACCGCAUGGCCACCAGGUCGCCUUGAGUUUUCCGGCGACGUGGCCUGUGUGUUUGAAAUCUUGGAAAGCUGGCAAGAUAGUGGUUUGUACUCAAAACACUGCAUUUUCUACUGUUUUUUUCACUUCCUAAGGUUUCAAGUGCUGCGAAAAAACAGAAAAUGAGCCAAAUUUUUAGAAAAUGCCUCAAUUCACAAGUUUUUCAGACAUUUUCAUGAAAAUUCAUUUUGACGAGGCGAAGUGGCCACCACGUGGUAGCCAUGUGGCCGUGACCUUGCCAGAGCCUGGCCACCUUGCCAGCGAAAAAAAACCGGGCGACAUGGUUUCCAUGCGGUUCCCAGGUCAGCCAGCCUUCCCACCUGGUGGCGAGCUGGCCAGCGAAUCUCUGAGUUUUUCCAACGUGAAUUCAAGUAUUUUAUUGCAGAACAUAAUGUUGCAAGUCUUCUCCAAAUGGCAGAUAUGUAUGACAUCAAACCGCUCGUUUCUGACUGUGUUGAUUUUCUGUUGAACACUUCAAAUGUCGAUUUAUACGAAAAGCUCAGAUUGUCUGCUGUCUAUGGACUUAGCGCAGUUCAGGUAUGACUUUUGAUUUUUAUUCACAUCUCAGUUGGGAUUAUGCUACCCAAAAAAAUAAAUUGCUCGCUAAAUUCUAUAGGUUUAAAUUUUCAAAACCACCCCAUGAAUUUUGACUGAUGAACAUACCACAUUUAGAACCUGAAAUUGCAGGUUGAAAUAUUUCCCUCAACUCAAAAUUCAAAGGUUUUUAGAAAAAAUUAAUUUUAUUCACACCUGGACAGGCGCCAAAAAAUACGAAUGAGUUAUAUUUUAGGAAAAAUGUUUGCAAUCAAUGACCAACUUAGACUCAAUUGUUAAAUUUGCAAAAUCUCCAAGUUUCAAUGAUUUGCCAAUCGAUACUCAACUUCUCAUUCUUUACCGUAUCCUUGAACACAUUAAUUAA